AUGAGAGCCACCGAAAAGAGAAAGCUGCAUUCUGUGCCAUAUGAUAUCUUCUACUAUAUUGUUGAAGAGAUCGAUCUAUCAGACUUCAACAAUCUCAGCAAAGCCAAUCGGACCCUUUACAACCUUCUGCAGAAUGACCUCCUUGCUAAGCGCACGAUCAAGAGACAUGUACGUUAUUCCAAAGAGGCACAGCUGGCUUUUGCUGGGAAAAUCUCCUUUCGCCAAGCUAUCGGCCGCCUGCACGAUACGAGACAGGCGGUGGCAAUGGCUCAGCCCUAUUCAGUCGCUGUGCUAUCCUAUGCAAAGACCUUCAUCUACCGCGAGGGUGUGCUAUCAUACGUGACCGACAACGAAAUCCGCGUCUUGGAUGUCCAUACAGCAGGCAGAAAAGAGCAGGUAGUGGAUGUCCAGAACGUCCUACGCCGGGUUAUUCCGAGAUUUUGCCAACACGAGGCUGAAAGUCGCUCGGCUGCUGCUCAGCUCUCUUUCCUGCACUACUCCUCGGGCAUACUGGCCGUCUUGGUGGAGGUUGGCGAUCCCAACGCAUGGCUGAUUCUUCUCGACGUCACGCCGGGGGGCUCCAAGCAGCCCAAGGGAUACAAACCAGGUCGUCUGCGGUUUGUGACGCAAUUGACAUGCACGCGACGGCUGUUUGUUCGCCACAACAGCGCCCAUCUGUUUUACGGCGUAAAUUCGAGCGUCGAUGCUUCUGGGGAGCUGCUUUGGGCCGUUUAUUGGGCCGAUCUCACCAGAGACAACAGGGCAGCGGUGGACACGCAGCCUACGGUGCUGGACAAACUAGCCGGCACCGAGCUGGGCCACAAUGUGUGCUUUGAGAUCUUUGACAACCAUCUCUACGCAGUGUCCAAUAUCAUUGAUUCCGACGAGGAGGAGGAGGCGCUGAACUGGCGGUCCUUUUACGAAUGGGCUUGCAUUCCGCCUGCGUGCGGUCGGCGCAGAGCCCACGCGCGGAGAAUCUGGCGGCGGGACCACCUGGAAGGGCCUAUCAACGAUACCUGGACAGAGAUGUCGUUACGAUUGGACGAGGCCACGGGGCAGCCCAUGAUUCUCGAGUGUCGCCGUGAGUGGCGAGAAGGAGGAUCAGACCAUGUGCGAACGUAUUAUGCCGAGCCCCUGCCGCGUGUUGCGGAGCUGGGCAGCACAGCCCCAGACGAGGCUGAGCAUGCACCACCGCCAACAACACAUUCGCCAUCAUUCCCUCCCAACCUCAUCAGAGGCGGCGCUGGCCCCAGUAACAUCAAUUUUGCGGCGCCUUCACAACUGCCGCUGAACGGCCCAACCAAGGCCGACCUCCAGCUACACCGGCGACCCGGCCGGCAUGUCCACUCGGAGUACUCCGCGAGUUGCAGCACGAAACGCGACUUUAUCCUGGCAAAAACCAAAUAUCGCACAUAUAAUCUUUCUGCCUGCGCGUUCAUUGAUCUCGUCAACGAUCCCGAACCCAACCAUAGCUUCGGGGCUGCCACGGACCGAGUACGCCUGCGCAUCAACGCCCGCAAACGCAAAUAUGCCGAAGACGAGGCUUCUCCGUUCCAUGUAGACCACUGCGCCGGUGGUGGCAAACGCAGACGCCAAAACGAUCCCCGAAUAGAACCCGAUGCUGCUGCCUCUGACGGGGUCCGCUUGUGGCCGCCAGAGAAUGCCGAUGAAGAACUCAUCAAGCUUCUUUGCCCAUCGCGACAAGCUACCAAUAUCCAUGCAGUUGCCGACGAGCGAUCGCUAAUCUACUCCGUCGAUACGCAGACCCAGCAACAAGCGAUUGUCCUCAUCAGUUUUGAUCCGCAGAUAAGACUGCCGUGCAUGCGUAGCAAAAGCCAGAAGGAAGACGCAACCGCCGCAAACAUAAAUUCCCAUGCGCCCUUUGGCAUUAGUCUACUUGACACUGAUAAUGUAAAGAGCGGCAUGCGAAGGUUCUCAGUCGGUCCAUGUCCCAAUGUGUCGUCUUCCAAGUCAUCUGUGCGCACUGAGCCGGCGAUGCAUCUGUCUAUUGAUAAAGGGUAUUGGUUUGAUGCGGAACGGUAG